AUGUCGUUUCUAAGGGUUUCUUCAGGCGAGGCUGUGUCCUACACGAAGCCAUCAAGUAAGGCUUUUCAAUUGAAUGAGGCCGAGUUUGAGGAUGAUCCCUAUAUGGCGGAGAAAGUAAAGUCCCUCAAGGCUGCCCAAAAAUUGGAAGAGCAAUUUCAAAACUCAUAUCAAAGUAUUGCAUGGAUGCGGAAAGCGAUUGAGGAGGAAGAUUUGAAGCGAGAGAUGCUUCAUCAACAACAGCAAACACAACGCACAACAUCAAAUGCAAGCGAUGUAAGCGAAGAAAACGAAAACGAAAUGGAGGAGUUAGAAAUAGUGGAAGAUGAUCACAUCACGGAUCAAUUAGAAUUUACAUUGGAUGAUAUUCCAUUUCCAGCGAAUACAGGAGUGCCAAUUCAUGAACGAUUAUUGAAUUUUGGCUCGAGCUUGUCACUCAAACUGGAAAUGAUGAAAAAAGCAAAAGAAGAAAAAGAAAGCGAGCCAGCAGCUCCUCAAAUUACGGAUAUCGCCAAGCAAAUCAAACGAAAGGGAUCUGUUGAAAAUCGUUUAAUUCAAUCGAGAGACGAGCUUAAUGCUAGAAUCGAAGAACUUCGAUUGAGAAAAGAAAAGCAAGAGCUUGAGGAAUUACGUGGCCCAAAGAUUAACAAGCGAUCGAAGAUGCUUAAAAGAGAGGAGCCAACCAUUGACAGACUGCUGGGAUAUAGAGAACAAACUCUUGCCAAAAGAGAAAUGAUAAAACAUCAAAUCGAAGAAAAGAAGCAACAGGAAAUAACAAACAAGCCCCAAAUUAACAAAAAGUCACAAAAAUUGAAGAGAACGCUGGAGACAAUGGUACAGUGGGAAAAGGAGAGAAAUUUAAAAACCGAACAGUUGCGGAAUGAAAUUAAAAAACAGCAAGAAGAACAACUUCAGAAUCCUAAAAUCAACCCCAUUAGCGAAAAACUCGUGUCACAAAUGGAGAGAGGACAAGAUAUUGGAGAGUAUCUCAUACAAAGAUAUGAACAAAAGAAGAUGGAAAAGGAAAUGAAAAAGAGAUUGGAAAAAGAAAAGGAGAGCAUAGAGGCAAAGCCUCAAAUUUCCGUUCACUCUGCAAAUUUGGAGAGAAAAGGAGUUGUUUUCGAAAGAUUAUAUCAAGACAGUUUGGAGAAAGAGAAUAAGAGAAGGGAGUUGAUAUCUCAAAUAGAAAAUCAAAUUAAUCAUGGCAUUGAUCCAAACACAGGUCUUCCCCUUCAUAAUCCUGUGAUUAAUCCGCGCUCUGCCUUAAUGGAGAGAGAAGAGCCUGUGGAAAAAAUACUUCUUAAAAAGAAAGAGGAAAGUGAUAGAAAGAAGAUGGCCUUAGCAGAACGAGAGAAAAAAGUGCUUGAAGCUCAUGGAAGCAAAGUUGGAGCUUACAGCCAACUUUUAGUUGAGCUUUUAGAGAGAAGAACACAAACAUCGACCAUGGACCGUUUAACACGACCUCCAAAAAAACCAGAACCAAGCAUUGCUCAAACUUAUUCUUUCAGACCACAUAUUAACCAAAGUUCUGUUGAAAUGGAUAAAUCAAAGAAUCAUGGUACACCAAGACAAGAGCUACUGCUUCGUAAAGGAUUUGAAUACGAAAUGCACAAAAAAGAAAUUGAACAAAAGAUUAAGGAAGAGGAAGAGGAAUCAUUUUCUCCUGUAGUCUCCGCGAAGAGUAAGAGUAUGAAAACGCCAAAGGGCUCAGUCAUUGAUCGAUCCUUAGAGUUUAUCAGAAAGAAAGAGCAAAAGAUGGAAUCCGAAAGAAAACUAAAAGAGUACAAGGAAGCUGAGGAAUGUACAUUUAAACCUAAUGUAAAGAGAUUGGAUGUGAGUCAUAUAACACCAUGUGAUUCUCAUUUCAAAACCAAAGAAGAGGAGACAAGCUACGCGGCUGCUCUAAAAAACAGGGAACAACUGAGGCAAAAAGCCACCACUCCAAGACAGGAAAGUAAAAAAUCUCGAGUGAAGGAGGAGAACAAGAACCCAAAUGAAACAAAGAAGGAUACUCCCAACAAUGCAGGUCCAGUGACAGGAAAAGCCAGUGCUCAGUCAAGUUGGGCUCAACCAAGGCCAAAAAGUCGUGGCUCUUCCUAUGCUGCCAAACUCGCCAAAGAACAAGCAGGCCCUAUGGAAGAGCAAUCAAAACAUGCUCCUCAACCUCAAAAACUCAAGUAUCAACAAGAGAAGCAACCAAAUAAUCAAAAGGUAGAUGCCACUCGUUCUUCUGUUCCUGCUCAAAAUCAUCGAUAUGAUGAGUUGGGAGAGCCAAGUAGUGAAUUUCUUGACGACAAUGAUAUUGUGUACGAAGAUGUGGAUCCAGAACUUGAAUUUGAGGAACUCAAACGGCUCGUUGAGAAUGAUAAGGGCAAGAUCAAGUCUCAAAUUUCCAAAGCACUCCAAGUUGAACCUCCCACAGUCACCAAUAUGAAGAGUCAUCGUUUAUCAGAUUCACCUUCGAUACGUGAUUUACUGGACUCUCAGUCUACGUUAACCGAAUUGUAUCGCCUUUCCAAUGAGAAGGAAUCUACUUUGAAAGAGGUGGAACGAAACAUUCCUUCAAGCUUGACACCUCAGGCCUAUCAGAUGAUUACGGACAUGAUUCGAAAAUCAAAAAAAUGA